AAUAAUAUGAAGCUCAUCUUUAUCUUAUUAGUAUUGGCUACUACAUAUGCAUAUAAAAUUGUUCCUACUUUAGACGUUGACCUAGAUGGACCUGCUAAACAAAGAUUUUAACCAGCUGUCUAAUUGAUAAUGAACACAUAUGGAUAUGAUGCAUCUUUUGGUACCUUCUUUUUAUAUCAUAAUCAAACCACUUUCAAACAUUUAACCAACAAAGACUAUGAUGUAUUAGCUACAGCUGUUAGAACUCACUGGCCUUAAUAUGCUGAAGAACUAUAAGGAGUUGUUGAAGCUUUUAAUAGAUCUGAUGUUACAUUUGAGUAUUUGUCUGCUUGGGUCUAUUUCCAUGAAAUUGGUCAUUCCUUAUCAGUUGAUAUUAAAGAAUGCACUGCCAUAUUAUUCUAAACUUAAUAAGGUAUCAUUCAUGGAAGAAACAUGGAUUAAUCACCAGAUGCUGGUAGAUUACUUGUUAUUCAUUUUAAAUUUAUCAAAAAUGGUCAAUACAUUGGAGAAGCUGUUGAUUAGUAUUGGUUUAAAACUGGAUUUGUUACCAUGUUCAAAUAUGGAGUUGUUUCACUCUAAGAAAAUUGGAGAUAUGGUCAUUAUUUGCCAUUAUUUAUGUUAUUAAAGAAAAUUGCAGCAGGAACAACAUCAUUAGGAUGGACAUUUAGACAUGUAUAAGAAUUUUUUUAUUUAGAUCCUUGAUUCUGAUAUAAAUAAUUUCGAUGAUGCUGUCACUUAUUUAGAAAAUGUGAUUGUUGGCUGUUCAUAAUUUAACAUCGUGGCAGGAACUGGAUAUAAUUAAGGUGCAAUCAUUACAAGAGAUCCAAUCUCAACCUAUCCUACUUUGUUCUUUAACAACACUGGGUUAGGAAAUGAUCAAUUCUAAUAUAUGGUUUAAACUAAUUAUGAUCAUUGGCACAAAGAUCCUAAAGGAGAUUAAAGAAGAACAAUUGCAGAGAAUUUAUUAGCUAAUUUAACCAACACAAUGCUAAAUGAAUUGGGAGUUUAUAGCGUUAUUAAUACAUAUCCUAUUCAUAAUGAAGGUACCUUUUAUACAGCAAUUAUGAAUGUUGCUACAGGUAGAUUCAAUUACUUUGGAUAAGAAGGAAUUACUCCAUAUAAUGAUUUAGAGUGAUUCUUUAAUAAAUCAUCAAUAAAAUCAAUAUU